CCUUUGCUAAUUGUAACGCCAUUUCAAAAACGUGAGCGUGGAUUUGUUCAUAUUUAAUAGAAGGUUGCAACGUCCGCUGAUUUAUCCAUCAACAUUCAUUCGCUUAUUAUUUGAAGUAGUGUCUAUUUUGUCUCUACUAACGAUAAUUUAAGUAGUAUUGUAUCACUUUACCAGCUACUUCUGAUAAUUUUCUUCAUAGUGGCCACUCGUUGAAAUUAUCACUUAUUCGAUGCUGCCUCCAACUCUCCCACUUUUGGCCUCUAGCGAGGUUCUCAAGCACUCGACUCCCAAGGAUGCAUAUGUUACCCUUUUCAACAGAAAGGUCUACAACAUCACUUCAUUUCUUGAUGAGCAUCCCGGUGGAGCCGACCUCCUUUACCCCUAUCUUGGGAAGGACGUGACCGCGAUCAUGGCUGACCGUGAUUCCCAUGAACAUUCCGAAAGUGCCUACGAAAUGCUUGAUGACGACAUGUUAGUUGGAUAUCUUGCCACUGCCGAAGAAGAACGUGAAUUGCUUGAAAACAAGAACAAGACUCCAGUUGAAGUUCGUUUAGCCAGUGAUGAUGCUCCAAUUGAUCUCUAUGAGUUCCACAAUGAACUUCCUCCUGAGGAAGCAAUGGCCAUCCAAACGGAUUAUGAGACUGAUAUCAAGAAGCAUAAGUUCCUCGACUUGAACAAACCUUUAUUGUUACAGGUUUUGUUUGGAGGUUUCACCAAAGAUUUCUACUUGGACCAAGUCCACAGACCAAGACAUUAUGGUAAGGGAUCUGCUCCACUUUUUGGUAACUUCUUAGAGCCGCUCUCUCUUACUCCAUGGUGGGUGGUCCCACUUGUUUGGCUUCCUCCAAACAUGUACUUCUUCUACUUGGGGUUUGUUAACCAACAUGCUCUUACUGCGUUGAGUUUAUGGGCCAUGGGUCUUUUCAUAUGGACUUUGGUUGAAUAUUGUCUCCAUCGUUUCCUUUUCCAUUUGGAUGGAUACUUGCCAAAUCAUUCAGUUGCGUUCACUUUACAUUUCUUACUUCAUGGUAUUCAUCAUUACUUACCUAUGGAUGGUUAUAGAUUAGUUUUACCACCAACCUUGUUUAUCAUCUUGGCAUACCCAUUCUAUAAGUUGGUCUUUGCUAUCUUCCCAUUUUACAUGGCCUGUUCAGGUUUUGCUGGUGGUACCCUUGGUUACAUCAUGUACGAUGUAACUCAUUACUUGUUGCACCACACCCGCUUACCUGCUUACUUGCAAGAAGUUAAAAGAGUACACUUGGAACAUCAUUACAAGAAUUACGAAAUGGGAUUCGGUGUUACCUCCCCAUUCUGGGAUGUUGUCUUUGGUACUGAAAUCACUGACACUUUCCAAAAACGUAAGUAGAUAUAUACUGGUUACCUAUUCCAGUUCCCCUAAUUGUUUAAAUAGUGAUAUGUAUAUAAAUUAUGAGAGCGCGUGAUUUGAUA